UGCUUCCCCUUAAAAUAGUGGGUUAUUCUGAAGACUCUCGCGCGAUUCGCGGGAUUCGGCGAGAUCUUCCCUUGGUGCAUGCGCCGCAAGAACUUAAAUUUUUCGCAGAUUUUGAAAAGUCAGCCAGCAUGCCGGUGUAUAAAGUGAAAGUGAAGUGGCAGAAGCAGAAGUUUGAUGACAUUGACCUGGACACGGAUGAGCCUCCUGAGGUGUUUAAGGCCCAGCUGUUCGCCCUGUCAGGGGUGCAGCCGGACAGACAGAAGGUCAUGUUGAAGGGAUCGACUUUGAAGGAUGAAGGAUGGGAAACCCUUAAAGGACUGAAAAAUGGUGUUACCCUGAUGAUGAUGGGCACUGCAGAUGCCCUCCCACAAGAACCGGUGGAGAGGCCCAAGUUCGUAGAAGACAUGUCAGAAGCUGAACUCAACAAAGCUAUGGAGCUGCCAGCAGGCAUGACUAACCUGGGUAACACCUGUUACAUGAACGCCACCGUACAGUGUCUCAGGAACGUCCCUGAGCUCAAGGAGGUCCUGAAAAGGUUCCAGGGAGGCUUGAGUAGUUCAGGAGACUUAACUGCAGCACAGUCCAUCACUGCAGCAUUCCGUGACCUGAACGGCAGCAUGGACAGUGGUUCUGCCACCAUCACGCCCAUCGUGCUGCUACAGGUUCUCCACAUGGCCUUCCCACACUUUGCUGAGAAGGCUGAGCAGGGGGGAUUUAGACAGCAGGAUGCAAACGAGUGCUGGGUUGAAAUGGUCCGUAUGUUACAGCAGAAACUUCCUCCUGUGGAGAGGGUAGGAACAGAGCUGAUUCCAGUGCCUGAGCAGGGGAAGGUGAAGAGGUUUAUGGACCAGUUCUUCUCAGGAGAACUUGUCUCUACUAUGAAGUGUGUGGAAUCUGAGGAGGAAGAGGAAAAGACAUCUUCUGAAACUUUCUUUCAACUUAGCUGUUUCAUCUCACAAGAUGUUAAAUACAUGCAACUAGGACUUCAAUCUCGACUUGAAGAAAUCAUCACAAAGCACUCCCCAUCCCUCGGUAGGGAUGCUCAAUACAAGAAAACGUCCAAAGUGCGCCGCCUGCCAGCCUACCUAACAAUCCAGAUGGUCAGGUUCUUCUACAAGGAGAAGGAGAAUGUGAAUGCAAAGAUCUUAAAGGAUGUGAAGUUCCCCAUGAGUCUGGACCUGUUUGACAUGUGCACAACUGAGCUGCAGACCAAGCUGGAGCCCGUCAGGUCAAAGUUCAAAGAGGAAGAAGACAGGAAGGUAGAGGAGGCUCAGAAGGCUAAAGAAGCAGGAAAGACAGUUGUGCCGAACAAGGAUGUUCAAUAUGAGACUUACGAGUUUCCUGAUGACAUAGGCUCCAACAAUAGUGGUUACUACACGCUGCAGGCAGUUCUGACCCACCAGGGCCGGUCAAGCUCCUCCGGACACUACGUGGCCUGGGUUAGGAGAGACGCUGACUGGAUCAAGUGCGAUGAUGACAAGGUGUAUGCUGUAACUGAAGAAGAUGUGCUGAAGCUGUCUGGGGGCGGAGACUGGCACUGCGCGUACGUUCUCCUGUACGGGCCACGGCGACUAGAGGUGCCUCCGCCCGAGAAAAUGGAAAUAUAGAUUAUUGUGGCUUUUCUGUCGUGUCUUCAAUGUGAAAAAAUUAUGAAGUCAAACCAAAAUGAAUGAUAAGCUGCAUUGUACCCAUGUUUCUUUAACAUACCAUAAAAGAAAGAAAUGGCCUAUUACUGUGUGUCCCACGUCACCUUACAUUGUAAGAACUAUCCUAUUGGUAAUAAGGUUUAAGUCUUGUUUCAAAAUAGGUCCUACUUCAACUGUGAUAACAUUUAGGAUACAAGAAUGAAUCAAAUUAGUAGAAAUUCUUUUGUAUAAAUUCUCAUUAAUAAACUAAAAUGCAGGGUGUUGCUGGAUAUGUA